UCAUGUCGCGAAUCCGUAUCUGCGGAAACGACUUCUCAGACCCCAGUCAGAUUUCAGAAAUCUCUCGGGGCAACGUUGGUUCCUGCUGACAUCUUGUGGGGUCGCCGCGGGCUGCUGUUGAGAAACGGCCCCAUGCCCUAGGCGCGGCGUGGUUGUCAUUUCGAUUAAAGACGCCACUAAAAAGGAGAUGGAUUUGCGAUUGCAACUCAGCUCCGCCACCUUAUGUGGGCCUGAGGUUUACUGCCGGUCAUUUGAUCGAGUGUCUUGAGAGGAGGAAGACAGCGAGCUCUUAUUUCAUAAUGUCUUGUCGCGGGUAUGGUAAGGCCAUCGUAGCAUCGCGUGUACUUUCCGUCAUACACACCGUUCCUCCCGCGAUGGGAAAAGGCUGUGCUGAGGCUCUGACGCUCAGAUCGAUCCCUGCCACGGGGUACGGGUCGGGCUCUAGGCUCGUCAAUCCUUCGCUUACUUCCUUUCAGCUGCUAACGCGAAGUAUGAACAAGCUUCUGACAUGCCACCGAAAUACAUCACAUAUCGCCAGCCACCAUAGGGCAGAGGGUCUACCGUGCCGCAUUAGAUCACGCGCAGUCUUCGAUUGGUGGGUGUUGUGCGCGAUGUCUUCCUGUGGUGCCACCGAUCAGGUAAAGCCUCGUUCAGGCUUUCCUUGUGCGUGCUUGGAGACAUGGAGAUACAUGCUUGUCGGAGUCCGUGUGCUGUUCAUGUCUGAAGUAGCUGCUCUGCCCCGUUCUUUGCCAUAUCCACUGUCUUCCUUCUAGUGUUGACUGCGUUUACCCUCGCUUGAUCUCCGCUUUGCUUCUGCGCCGUUGGAUUUACAAUAAUACACUUCCCUCAGACAGAUAUAUCCAAAGUCUUUAUUAAUAUUGGACGUAUACUCAGCAUGUCUAACUCAUCAUUCUACGACUUUCACUGCCCGACCGGAGGCAAGUG